AUGGCUUCUGAAUCAUCCCUUUGGGUAGUUCGAAACACCUCGGAUUAUCUUGAUCUUUACGACACAUAUGGGUGGGACAACAAAAAGUACUUCACGAUGAUGCUACAUCAUGGAGGAAAUUUCGAAUACUACCCAAAUCGCGAUUACGAUGGAGGCAAGAUUGACUAUAUAGACUUCAUCGAGGUUGAAACUUUCUCCCCAAAGGUAUUUCAAAGCAUCUUAACUUCUUUUGGUUAUGAUGUUGAGACAACAUAUGCAUACUCUCUAGUCUCCUUUGCUCCCUUAGACGUUGGUCUAAACAAGCUUGCUUAUUGGAAUGAUUUCAUUAACUUUGUCAAAAAAGUUAAAACGGAAGUUGCAUCAAAUCCAAAAAUUACUGUUUGGGAGGCUAGGAUCAUGCUUUUUGACAAAUUCAACUUUUGGAUCAAUGUUGACAAACUCAUUGAAGCUUUGGAUUACACCAAGUAUCAAGUGAAUCUUCUGGGGAAGUAG